UUGGAAUUACAGACAGUUAUGAGCUGCCAUGUGGAUUCUGGGAGUCAACUCCUGGUCCCCAGGAAGAGCUGCCAGUGCUCUCAACUGCUGAGCCAUCUCUCCAGGCCAAGUUGUUAAACUUGAUGUUUGAGUGUGGAAGCUCGCGGAACCACAAUUCACAGGGCUGGUGGUGCCCAGGUUCUGUGGGUGAUGUCACAGUACCCAGGAAGGUUCUGAAGUUCCUUGUGUCAUCUAGACAGCCAUGCUGGCCACUCUGUGGCUGGUUGGUCUUUCUCUUCCCAUGCUGUGGGCCCAGAAACUACUCAGCUGUCCCUACAAGAAUGUGUGUCAGUUUGCCCUGCUUUCAGGCAAUGACGUAAUCCUGAAGUGUAACUACCCCAAAGCACUUUGGUAUUUCUCUUCAUCUUUGGAGGACAAACCGUCCCUGGUCAACUCCAUGCCUCAUGUGAAGGUACUGCCUGAGAGUGACCUGCAGUUGUCUGACCCCAAGCCUUCCCAGACAGGGCUCUACCGCUGCCUGGAUGACCACAAGGCCCGUGUAGUAGAAUAUGAGAUUGACUUCCAGGACAUAGACCUGUUGCACAUCACCCACAAAGACCUGGGCCAAGAGCCCAUGGGGAAUGAGAGCGUGAACCUAGGAGGCAAGGUACUUGUUUUUACCCGCUGGGAUCCUUGGCAAGAUUGUAACCGUUGCCAAAAGCCUGGUGAGCGCAAACGUCUAGGCUACUGCUAUGUGGAGGAGCCCCUAGAAAAACCCAUGCCUUGCUGGCUCUACCUGAGAGAGGAGAAGGUGGCCAGUAACCGCCUGCGGCCUGAACUCCAGGUGCAAGCCUGCCAGGGGCCCUGUGACACCGUCCCGGAAACCAGCCAGCCGUACUUUGUCUUUGACACGUAUCAGCUGGACAAACCCAACAGCCAUGCUCGACUGAAGUGCCCCUUGGCUUCCAUCUACAGGUAAUGAACAGGAGCAGGAUGCUGACAGCUCU